AUUAAUGCCCAACAGCAAUCGACGCGGAAGGCAUUUUGACAAAAAAAACAAAAACCCAAAUUGGCUUCAGUAGUAAUUUACGAACCAGGAAAACAUUUAAUUGCUUGUUGAAUAUGUCUGCGCCAGUGGAGGACAACAGCAGCGACAAAGCCAAUAAAAUGGAUCUAGAACUGAAUGUGGAGAACUUGCCAAAGUGUGCUGUGGACACUCUUGAUCGCAUUGCGACUCUUCUUGCUGCUGAUAAUAAUCAGAAUUUAGUCAUGCAAAUAAUUGCCAAAUACAUUUUCUUGGAGCAGAACAAGCCGUCUGACCGGCUGCAGGAGUUGCAAUUGGCCGUGGCGCUGGUUGAGUGCUUUUCAAAGCCAGGAAGAAAUCGGGCUGCAACCUGCAAUGCCAUAUGGAUGUCGCUCUUUGGCUGCCACCUGACACCGGAGCGCACCCAGUUGCUGGGCAAAGUAUUGGAAAGCUUGGAAAUGUUUGGGGCAGUGGCACCGCUGCUCAUCUCGGCCGGCCUGUGGCCUGGCCUCUUGCGUUGGGUUUCCUUGAGCAAAACCUACAGCCAAUUGCAUUUGUUUCUACUCAAAACGCUCCACAAAUAUCGCGCCAGUGGACAGAUAAGCAUUCUGAACAUACAGGCCUUGAUGCAGAUCUAUCAGUCGUUGCAGAACUUCUGUGCCCGUACAACUGCCACCGGUGGCGACCGAAAGACCAAUACUUUCUAUCAAAAAUGCAUGGAGCGCUUUGCCCAAGCCCUCCGGAUUGCCAUUUAUUGCAAGUGCAUUAUUGCAACAGGAGCAAUGCCAACCAACACACAGGCUCAUGAAUAUCGUCAGAGCUCAUUAUAA